AUGGCGAAGUCUGAAGAUUCAAGGAGUGCAGAAUCACUUGUGACUCUUCAAGGAUGCAAUUUAGCGUUUCCCAAGCUAUCUAGAUUCGAAGUGGACGGAUCCAAUCUUUCAGACAUUGCCGAUUUCCUUCUGACUCUUGAUUGCAUGACCACAUUAACUAGACUUGAUCUAUCAGGAAGCAAUUUCGUUAGUCUUCCCGAAGGGGAAUUCCAAAGUGGUUCAGUUAUCGUAAGGAUUUGA